AUGUUAUCUUUAUUUCGAAGAUGUAAUUAUAAACGCAUAUAUUCUUUUAUACGGAUUCGACGUUAUUCAGUUCUUCAAGAUACUGUCUCUCCAUCCUUUCAACGGCCAUUAAACAUUGAUAAACCCUUAGUGAUCCUUCCACAGCCUAGUCAACUUAAAGACGAUGGAAAAAUUCUUCCACAUGUUUUUUCAGAAAAUCUUGCUGUAUUAUAUGCAUGUCUAAAAUUAGGUCAAACCGAUCGUGCCAAAAGAAUUUUAGAGUAUUUAGAAAAUAAAGGCCCUAUGGAUAUGAAACACCUCUUAGAUAUCAACUUACACAACGCAUUCCUCGAAGCUUUUCUAGAUGCACCUAUUCCAGAACUUAAUAUAGCAUUCAAUUGGUUAGAUAGAAUGCGUGAUAAAUGUCGCAUAAAUCCUAAUUUAGCGACAUUUGCUAUCUUGAUGAAAGGAUACUUGAGAAAGAGCAAAGACUUUCAAUGUUCAACGGUGCUUCAAGUUAUAGUUAUUGAUAUGGAAGAUAAAGGUUUUCGAUUUGAACAAUUAAUAGAAAGUAAUUUAUUAUCUGAUGAAGAUAAUCAAAAAUUAUUUGAGUUAUUGAAUUCAGAUAAAAAUUCCAGUCUUUCAAAACGACUUUUGAAACAUCUUGAAAUUGAAUCAAUAACACCUUUAACUGCAGAACCCAUUCCAACAAAGGCAUUUGGUGUUAAACUUAUAAAAAAUUCUCUUGAAGCUCUAAAAGAGAAAGGGUUGGAUCAAUAUGAUCGUCAAAAUAAAUUAGAGGAAAAUGCUUUACAUGGUGCUAUUGAGCGUUGGAAACAUGAUUAUGAACAAAUGCGUAAACGUGGUGAUGCUUUUUCUGGAAUUCCCUCUUUGAGGAAAGCUAUGUGGGCUUGGCAUGAAAAACUCGUUCCUUUGAUUGAAAUGGAAUUAAAAAAAAGUAUUUAUAAGAAUAUUGAGGAAGGUGGUGAAUGUAUUGAUUCACAAACUGGAACAUUCUUGCGAUUGUUGAGUGCGGAUAAACUCUCUGCCAUUACAAUAUUGGAAAUGCUACGUCAAUCUAGUGAUAGUGAGGUUAUAGAAGGAAUGACAACAACUUGUGCCAUUAUGGCUAUUGGUAAAUCUGUGGAAAGUGAAUACAACGCGGAACAAUUGAAAAAGAAACAAAAUCGUAAAUUGUUCUAUAAGGAUUUAAAUAUUCAUGAACUUUUUGCAUCUGGAAAAUUAUUCAAUAUGGAAAUUCGACGGUUUGCAAGAAAAAUAGAAAAAGAAGAUAUUGAAACAUCAUGGAAACCGGAUUGGGGAUCGACAAUAAGAGCUAAAAUUGGUUCUUUCUUGGCCGCUAGUCUGAUUAAAGUUGCUCAAAUUACUGUCUCAACCGCUGAUGCAACUGAUAAAAUAAUAAGUGAAGAGGCGCCAGCUUUCUUUCAUUCUUAUGAAUAUAAUAGAGGUAAAAAAGUUGGGGUUAUUAAGCUUAACCCUCAAUUGAUAAAGUGGCUUUCUAAUGAAUCCAUUAGAGAUCAUUUACAUCCUCGCAUGUUACCAAUGUUGAUUAUUCCAAAGCCUUGGUUGACUUUCAAUAGUGGUGGUUAUCUGACAUCUCCAACUCUUGCUAUGAGAAUAAAAGAUUGUCCUGAGCAAGUGGCAUAUCUGAAAAAAGCUUCUGAUAAUUCACACUUAGAGCAUGUUUUUGCUGGUUUGGAUGUCCUUGGUUCUACGUGUUGGGCCGUUAAUAAGAGGGUAUACGAAGUUGUUUUAAAGAUUUGGAAUAGUGGUGAAGGUGUUCUUGACAUUCCACCUGCCGAUUUAAAUCUAGAAAUUCCUAAAAAACCUGAAGAUUUCGACAGUAACGUUAAAUCGAAAAUUCAAUGGAUUAAGACAUGUAGAGAGAUUAAUAAUAAAAUACGAAAUAAUCAUUCUUUGAGAUGUAUGGUAAACUAUAAAGUGGAAAUUGCCGGUGCUUAUCUUGACGAACCAAUGUUCUUUCCUCAUAGUCUGGAUUUCCGUGUAUUUAAGGAUGCAAAACCAUUAGGCAAAACUGGGUUAAGAUGGCUUAAAAUUCAUUUGGCAAAUUUAUAUGGACUUGACAAAGUUCCAUUUAGUGAACGAGAAGCGUUUACUAAUGAGAAUAUUGCUGAAAUAAUGGAUUCUGCGGAUUAUCCUUUGAAAGGCAAACGAUGGUGGCAAAAAGCCGAAGAUCCAUGGCAAUGUUUGGCAGCAUGCUUUGAAUUAACUGAUGCAAUACGCUCACCAUCACCAGAACAAUAUAUGUCACAAAUUCCGGUACAUCAAGACGGUACCUGCAAUGGAUUACAACAUUACGCGGCUCUUGGUGGUGACUUGGAGGGAGCAUCUCAAGUUAAUCUAGCACCGUCUAAUACGCCAUCUGAUAUAUAUACUGCAGUUGCUAAUAGGGUAAAAGAAGUAGUCAAAAUUGAGGCAGAAAUGGGUGAUGAAAGAGCUUUAAUAGUAUUAGAUCACAUUAAUCGUAAAGUUGUCAAACAAACUGUAAUGACAACCGUGUAUGGUGUGACAUUUAUUGGAGCUCGGUUACAAAUUGAAGCUCGACUCAAAGAAAUUGAAAGUAUACCACAAGAACGACUUCAUGAAUUAUCACAUUAUAUUGCAAAGCAUGUAUUUGGUUGCUUGGAAGAAAUUUUUAAAGGAGCAAGAGCCAUUCAAGAAUGGUUAAACGAAAGUGCUAAAUGGAUUGCGAAAAGCUUACCACCUGAGCGCGUGUUAAAGUCUGCUGAAGAGAUUAAAGAUGAAAUUGAUUAUUUAUCUGAAACAAAAGCUGGAGAUAAUCUAAAACCUUUAAGGAAAUCCAUAGUUAAAAUUCCGCCUAAUAGAUCAGCUUCAAAUCAAAUGACCGCAGUGGUUUGGACGACUCCAUUAGAUUUGCCAAUAGUUCAGCCAUAUCGAAGACCGAAUAAAAGACAAAUCAAAACUCAUUUGCAAUCUAUUAAUAUUAUAGAUUCAGAAACCCCUAGUCCAGUAAAUAGCAUUAAACAACGAGCUGCAUUCCCACCAAAUUUUAUUCAUUCACUUGAUGCUACUCAUAUGCUUAUGACUGCUCUUGCGUGUAAAGAAAAAGGAUUAACAUUCGCCUCUGUACAUGACAGUUAUUGGUCCCAUGCAUGCGAUGUGGAAACUAUGAAUAGUGUUAUACGAGAACAAUUUUUUCAACUUCAUAGUCAACCAAUAAUGGAAAACCUUCGAAAUGAAUUUAUUGAACUAGUAGUAAUAGAUAAUGGAUAUGAAGAUACUAUAACUUUAGAUGACUUGCUUAAAAUUACACGAAAAUCCUCAUCAAAAGAUUCAAAAUUAGUGACCUCAAAAGAGGUUAAUGCAUCAGAUUCUUCAUUAAAUGAAGUUUUCAUUAGUAGUUUAGAUAACAUAAAAACUGAAAAUUUUAUUAAAAAUAUGGACUUUAAUGAAAUGCCAGAUUGUUAUCUUAAAGAGGACAAUGAUGAAUUAUUAGAAGAGGAGGAAGAACCAAAAUCAAAGAAAAAAAGACAAUCUUCUAUGUAUGUACACACAUGGGUGGAUUUAUCAUUCCCAGAAUUACCAGAACGAGGAACUUUUAAUAUAGAAUCA